AGUGAGUGUACGGAAAGCUGUACCGGUGAUACACUCCACUGCUCAGCCGAUUGUAAGAACGUACAUUCGGCUCGACUUGUGUGACUGUAAAUGACUGCCGUGUUUUAUAGAACUACAUCGUUCUGUUUUUGUCGCCGAGUUCACUUUAGUCCAUCCAGUCAUCAUGGUGCGUGCUUUCCUUGUGCUAUCUCUUGCAGUGACUUUCUACUUUGCUCUGGAAGCGAAAGCUGAGCUGGAAUGUACCACUGUGUUCAAGGGGUGUAACAUCGUAGGCCAGCAGUGUGAGUGCGGAAAGCAGACGGCAUGUGAAAAUCCAUGGAUGUUUGCUAGCAGCAAGCUCUGUCGCCAUGCUAUGUUUGGGGAUGCUUGCAAGAACCAUGUCUGCCAUAACCAGGGGGUGUGCGUUCAGCAGAAGGAAGGUGCCAUCUGCAAGUGUGCCGGCACUGGUUUCUAUGGUGACCACUGUGAACAGGUUUGCCCAGCCACAGAGGAGAUGAAGAGAAUGGAUGCCCUCCCUACUGCCUGUGUUAUACCAUAAAGAUGAUAAGAGAUGAUCUUCCAUAUUAUCUUGCAUUUCAUAAUUGACAAUCUAGUCUUCCAUCUCUGAAAUACAUGCUGUCAAUCAGGCCGGGUCAUUGCGGUAUUUGAGUACCAG